AUGGCUCCUCAGUACAUUGCAAGUUUUGAUAAGAAUGAUACAACAACUAUCAUAAGAACCUCUCUUAAGGAGGUCCUAAAAUGGAGUUUUUUGAGACAUAAUGGAACAAGUACUGGAAUAGGUGCUGGAACAAGUGUUCCAGCAUAUGGUACUUGUUUGGAUGAGCUUCCGGCAGCUCUGGAAAGAGUUGGAGAUGGUGCAUUGAUGUUGUACAGGGUUGGCAUGAGAGACUUGUGGCGUGGGAGCUAA